GGUUUAGUGGCAGAUAGGGAUGGUGAUGAUCCAAGAGAUCUUUUUCAACCCGGUGAUUCUGUGAUUCUAUGAAGCACCCACCCGCCGGGGCUGCGCUUGUGAAACGGCGAAGGUGGUGACCGGCCGGUGGCGCUGCGUUUUCUGACUGGGAUUUCGGCUACCCCUGGAAGGAUGGGGUGGCCAGAGUUGGCCGCCGGGCUGGGCGCAGAGCUGCUGUGAGGGCUCCUGACGCCGCUGCCCUCUGACGGGCGGAAGCGCAGGCCCCGCCCACGUGACCGGCGUGGGGCGAGUGCGUGGCGGCAGGCGCUUUUGGGACAGGCACGGGUGACCCCCGAAGGCCGUUCAGGGCCUGGAAAAGCACGGCUUCUUAAGCGUCGGAUAACGAUGGUUUGACCCUUGAGUUAGGGGCGUGCGUUGCGAGUAGUGGAAGAAUGUGCUGACAAAGGAGCUGUGCACACUCUGGUGGGGUUGGUUCGAACCAGCAUCGGCGCCUAAAGCUAGGUUUAAUCCAGGAUGACUCGGGAGACAAACCAGACCCCAGCGCCUAUGCUGUGUCGUACGGGAUGUGGAUUUUAUGGAGAUGCUAGGACAAACGGGAUGUGUUCUGUUUGCUACAGAGAGCAUUUUCCGCUGCAGCAGAAUAGUGGCAGAAUCAGCCCCAUGGGUGAGGGAGCAGCCGGUGGUUCAAACAGUCUUACCUCAGAUUCUGCAUCUACCCAGGGAGUAGGCACUAGCCUAAACAACUGUGAACAUGCUGUUGAUACACCUGGAGAACCAAGAAAUGUGCCUGUUGCCGCUUUGCCUGUAAUGCAGCAAGUGACAGAAAUGAACAUUGCAAGAGAGGAGAAAGUAGCAGCAAAGCCAGAGAUUGAGCCAGUUGUCACUCAACCAGGCCCAUCAGUUUCUCAACCUAGUACUUCUCAGAGUGAAGAGAGAGCUCCUGAACUGCCCAAACCAAAGAAGAACAGAUGUUUCACAUGCAGAAAGAAGCUUGGCCUUUUAGGAUUUGACUGCCGAUGUGGAAACGUAUUUUGUGGAUUUCACCGUUAUUCUGACAGACACAACUGCCCAUAUGAUUACAAAGCAGAAGCCGCAGAAAAAAUCAAGAAAGAGAAUCCAGUUGUGGUGGCUGAAAAAAUCAAGAGAAUAUAAGUCAGAAUAUAAGGCAUUUC